AACACAGCCGCGAGGGCUGUGGGUCAUUCCGCAGAGUCCCGUCGAAGCAACUCAGUGCUCACACAUCUGUCACCUCAUUUAAUAACUCAGUUACUGACCACAUUCGUUUGCUUACCUUCUUUUUCUUGCGCCUGUUGUAUUUCCUACAUUUCGUACGUUUCAUUCGGCUGUUGUGCAUUCACUAGGAUGAAAUACUCCUCCUUUCUGGCUGCUUCGGCUUUCACAAGCUUAGCGAGCUCGUCCGCAAUCGCGCUUCGAGAAGCUGAAGUCGCGCCGCCCUCGAAUGCUGUAGAAACAUGGAAACGGGCAUCUUCCCAGGCCCCGAACGGCUACGCGCCCGCUGAGGUCGACUGUCCCUCGUCGCGCCCGAGUAUUCGAUUCGCCGACCGUCUCUCCCGCGAAGAAACGGCAUGGCUACAGAAGAGAAGACCAAACACGGUAGAUCCGAUGCGCGAGUUCCUCGUCCGCGCCAACAUCAAGGGCUUCGAUGCCGGCGCAUACAUAGACAAACACCGCAACAACGCCAGUUCGCUGCCAAACGUGGCCAUUUCGUUUUCGGGUGGAGGAUACCGAGCCUUGUUGAACGGAGCAGGUGCUCUUGCCGCUUUUGAUAGUCGUACGUCGGGCGCGACAGGCAACGGACAACUCGGGGGGCUCUUGCAAGCUUCCACAUAUGUGUCAGCAUUAUCGGGUGGAGGUUGGAUGAUUGGCAGCAUCUACGCAAACAACUUCACAUCCGUGCAGAACCUUGUCAACGAGGGUGACAAGUCUGGCAUCUGGCAGUUUCAGAACUCGCUCUUUGUUGGUCCACGACGGGGAGGCGACAUCAAGAUUCUUUCCACCGUCGACUAUUUCUCCAACUUGGUCAAUUCAGCCAAAUCCAAGGCAGAGUCGCCAGCUGGAGACUUCAACACGUCCAUAACGGAUUUGUACGGCCGAGGUCUUUCGUUCCAGCUCAUCAACGCCAGCGAUGGCGCUCCAGGCUAUACCUUCUCCUCCAUCCAGAACGACACCGACUUUUCAAACGGCAAUGCGCCCAUGCCCAUUCUGAUUGCUAACGAGCGUGCCCCGGGAGCCGCCAUCAUCUCCCUUAACGCCACGGUUUUUGAAUUCAACCCUUUCGAGAUGGGCUCGUUCGACCCAACCACGUAUGGCUUCGCUCCUACCAAGUACAUUGGCUCAAACUUCUCCAAGGGCGAGCUUCCGCAAGGCCAAGGUUGUGUAGCUGGGUUUGAUAACCUUGGUUUCAUCAUGGGCACCAGCAGUUCCUUGUUCAACCAGAUCUUCCUGCAAUUGGACAGCUUCACCGGCAUCCCUGAUAUCCUGAAGAAUGCCAUGACAAGUCUUUUAAGUAGAAUUAGUAAGGACAGCAACGAUAUUGCUGACUAUACGCCUAACCCCUUCGUCGGCUUCAACAAUGCUACCAACCCUAGCGCGAAUAAGACGCGCCUUACCCUUGUCGACGGUGGUGAAGACUUGCAAAACAUUCCUCUAAACCCGGUCAUUCAGCCUACAAGACGGGUUGAUGUCAUCUUCGCUGUUGACUCCUCUGCCGAUACAGUCAUGGCGGGCGCUCCGUCUCUGAACUGGCCCAAUGGCACCUCGCUCAUCGCAACAUACGAGCGUGCCAACACCCCCAUUAUGAACAAGACGUCAUUCCCUUAUAUUCCUGGGCACGACACCUUCGUCGCGCUAGGUCUCAACAACCGUCCUACUUUCUUCGGUUGCAAUAGCAGCAACGUCACGGUAGGCAACAACAUUCCCCCGCUCGUUGUCUAUCUCCCCAACUCGCCCUACGUUUUCUGGUCCAAUACGUCGACGUUCAACAAGCUUGAUUACUCAAUCGCAGAGCGCAAUGCCAUGAUCCAGAACGGCUACAAUGUUGUCACGCAGGCCAACUCGACGCGCGAGGGCGCGUCGAACUGGCCGACUUGUGUUGGAUGUGCCAUGCUCUCGAGGAGUAUGGAGCGCAACGGCGAGGCUCUUCCUGAAGUGUGCCAGCAGUGCUUCACUCAGUACUGUUGGAACGGCACCGUAGUGGAGAAGUCGGCGCCCUAUGUUCCUCAGAUGCUGCUCGCUGCUAUCACAACGACUAGUGGCGUUGGCAAGUAUGCACCAAACUUCUUCGGCUUCGCUCUGGCAGCCGUUGUGUCUGGAUACUUGAUCAUGUGAUGUAGGAGUGAUUUAGAUGGAUUUGAAGGUUGGUUGACUUCUCAAGGCCGUAGGGUUGCAUAUCUGGCGUUUUCCCCCAAGCGAUGGUAUAUAAGUAGUGUAUAGUCAUGGAACAAGUCAAAUGGCCU